AUGUUCAUUACUCCGCGCCUCCCAAGUCGACCUUCCUCACGCUGUCAGUACAACCCUGGCGCCGCAGGGCCCACCCUCAGCAACAGCGGGAAGCCGAAAGUUUGGGAGCUCACCUUCAGGUGACAAUAAACACACUGCGGUAAGGAGGUGAGGCUGCCGCUGGGCAGCGGCGCUGGGGGAGGCCGGCCCCGAGCCUGCCCCGAGCCUGCCCCGCAGAGCUGCCAACCGCGGGGGCCCCGCUUGUCCUGCGGGAGGAGCUGUAAUGUUUUGCUGUCAGGAUGAGGAGCAGGAUCCCUGUCAUCCUCCUGGCCUGUGGCUCCUUUAACCCCACCACCAACAUGCACAUGCGUUUGUUUGAGCUGGCCAGAGACCACCUGCAUCAGACAGGAAGAUAUCAGGUGAUUGAAGGCAUAAUGUCUCCUGUCAGUGAUUGCUAUGGGAAGAAAGGCUUGGUGUCAGCAAGGCACCGGGUGGCAAUGGCCAAACUGGCCCUGGAGACUUCUGACUGGAUCCGGGUGGAUCCCUGGGAGAGCGAGCAGGACACAUGGACAGAGACAGUCAAAGUAUUAAGGCACCAUUAUAAUGAAGCACUCAGAGCGUUCCAGUCCAAGAAGGAGUUUACGAGAAACAAACAUCCCACGGAAAGCUCUACGGGGGACUCUCUUUCUUGCCAGCAACCAGUUCUACCAGAAUUAAAGCUGCUCUGUGGGGCUGAUUUUCUACAGACAUUUAAGACACCCAAUCUCUGGAAGGAAGAAGACAUCAAAGAAAUAGUGGGAAAGUUCGGUUUGGUCUGCAUUAGCCGGGCUGGCUCUGAUCCAACGCAGUUCAUCCAGGAAUCAGACCUUCUAUCUAAAUUUCAGCACAAUAUUUUUCUAGUGAGAGAGUGGAUCCAGAAUGAAGUCAGUGCGACGCAGAUCCGCUCUGCCCUGUGCAGAGGGCUGAGUGUGAAAUAUCUCAUCCCAGACUCUGUCAUUGCCUACAUUGCACAGCACAACGUCUACACAGUGGAGAGCGAGCGCAGGAACGAGGGGCACCUGCUACAGCCUCUCAGGCUGCAAAACACAGCAAUAAACCCUCUGAGGGACUGAUUUCUGCACUGUGUACCGUGUCAGACCAGGACCCUUGUCAUGCAGAUUUCUUGUGAAAGUUGUUUCUUGUUAAUAACAAAGGGAAAAUCCAAAAUUUUUUGAAAUCAUAUGAUGUUUUAAAUCCAUGAAUCUGUGUGUGGUAGUGUUCAAGAAAAUUGGGAUGCUCAGCUGUGUAGCUUAAAAUACACAAAGAACAUCUUUGUGAAAAUAAAAGCAAGGAGAUCUUCACAAUAAAUAUUCUUAGUAUUUCAAUACUUUCAGUAAAUCAGUAAAUAUGAGUUAAGGGUCAAAUAUAGUGCUUUCCUAAUUUCUAAUUCUGUAAUCCUUACUGUUCUAAACCAGCAAAAUACAAUGAACCAUAACUUGAGAGAGAGAGAUAUGUUUAAAUUUAUAUUACUUCUAAACUUUGACUUUAUAAGUCCCUGAAUAACUUUUUUGAUUUUUGGUGAUUUGGCCAAGACUUGGAAAUCAAUCUUGCUUUCUUGCAAGCACUUAAAAAUGCACGUGCUACUUCUGCCGCUUCUAAGGCUUCGGGUUCUCAAAUGACAGACAGCCCUCAUCCUCACAUUUAAAGCAGUGUCUUGGUUUGAACAGACAGGUGUCUGCUAAGGAAGGCAGGAGCCUCUCUUGGAAUGGAAAAUGUAAACCCCCUCCCUCUGAAUUAUUAUAAUUUUGAAAUUAAGAGGCUCUCAGGCAAAGAUAGGAGGAUAGGAAUAACAGUAUGUAUAAAUAAUAAAUUAACCCCCCCCCCAAAAAAAAAAAAAAAA